AUGUUGAAGUACAAUUUGGAAAUAACAAACACCACCUGCAACCUUGACGGCCAUGGUUCGAAACUCUGCAUGCUCAUCAACAACCAGUAUCCUGGACCUGUCAUCACAGCUAAUUGGGGAGACACCCUCAUCAUCAAUGUGAAGAACAGUCUGCAAGACAACGGCACGUCAAUUCACUGGCAUGGUAUCCGGCAGCUGAACUCCUGCCAACACGACGGUGCCAACGGCGUUACGGAAUGCAAGCGUCCUAUCGCUCCGGGCAAAACUAAGACGUACAAGUUCCUGUGCACUCAGUUCGGUACGACGUGGUACCACAGCCAUCACUCUGCGCAAUAUGGCGAUGGCGUCGUUGGGACAAUGGUCAUCAAUGGCCCUGCAACCGCAAACUACGAUAUCGAUCUUGGUCCCGUAGCGCUCUCAGAUUGGUACUACAAGACCGCUUUCGAACUCAAUGCUCUUGCCAUGCAAUCGGCCAGGGGUCCGCCACUUCCGGACAACAUCUUGGUCAACGGCAAGAUGGUAAACGCUGGCGAAGGCGGAGAGUAUAUGACGAUGACAGUCACCAAGGGGAAGAAGUAUAGGCUGCGACUCAUUAACACUUCUACCGAUACUCACUUCCACGUGUCUUUGGACGGGCACCCGUUCACGGUAAUAACUAGUGACUUUGUUCCGGUGAAGCCGUACGUAACAUCGGAUGUGCAGCUUAAUAUAGGCCAACGCCACGACGUAAUCUUCACAGCUAACCAAGCCGUGGCCAAUUACUGGCUUCGCGUAGGCGUCUCCACAGGCUGUGGCAACAACGCCAUGAUCGGCAUCAAACCCAUCGGCGGCAUUAUCAGCUAUGCAGGCUCGCCUGCCGGUCUGCCCACCAGCACCGGCGUCACACUGGGUACGGGAUGCGGUGAUGAAUCCGUGACACCGUACGUUGCCAACGUUGUCCCCAAGGAUCCCUUCGUGGCAACGCUGAAGCAAAUCUCGCUGGAUUUUCUGCGCUCAGAAGCAACGGGCAAUCUUGUCACCUGGCCCAUCAACGGCAGCGCCAUGCGCGUAGAUUGGGAUAAGCCGACCCUGCAAUACGUCAUGGAUGGCAACACGGACUACCCCCGGGCACACAAUGUCAUCGAAAUGCCGAAUAACCAGUGGUAUUAUUGGGUCAUUCAGACCGUGACGGUUGCAGGCCCUCGCCUCGCGCAUCCAAUUCAUUUGCACGGACAUGAUUUCUAUGUGCUCGGAACGGGCGGUGGCACGUUUAGCGGCAGUGCGGAUGGGCUGAAUUUUGCCAAUCCCAUUAGGAGAGACGUUGCGACGUUGCCUGCUGGUGGGUGGAUGGUAUUGGCGUUCCCGGCGGACAACCCUGGCGCGUGGUUAAUGCAUUGCCAUAUUGCAUGGCAUGUCUCGCAGGGACUGAGCCUGCAGUUCUUGGAGCGCAAGAGCGAGAUACAAUCAACCAUCGGGGACCUGAGUGGCUUUACGCAGGGGUGCAAUGAGUGGAAGAGCUACUGGGCGUCGGAUCGUUAUUGGGAGCAGGAUGAUUCCGGCCUAUGA